AUGACGCUGCUGGUGACGCCCGUGACGACGGCCGAGGAGUUCCAAGAGGCGAAGACGAUCCGGCUGCGGGUCUUCCACGAGGAGCAGGGCUUCGACCCCGUGCUAGAGUUCGACAAGCACGACGACGAGCCCAGCACGAUCCACUUCCUGGGCAAGGACGUGGAGCAGGACAAGUACGUCGCCGUGGGGCGCGUGCUGCUGGACGAAGCCAACCGCUCUGCCAAGAUCGGCCGCGUGGCGGUGCUCUCCGAGUGCCGCGGCAAGAGCUACGGCGCAGCGCUCAUGCAGGGCAUGGAGCAGCACGUCCGCGGCCGCGUGGACAGCUUCAAGCUGUCGGCGCAGUUUGGCAAGAGGGGAUUCUACCAUAAGUGCGGCUACGAGCGCACCCCCGAUGAGAUCCACCUCGACGAGGGCGUCGAGCACUGCUGGAUGGUCAAGGCCGCCAACCCGUAG